AUGGCUCCCGACUUGAGAUACAGACCAGCAAGCGAACUUAACACUGAAGAGCCUUUGGCUGUAACAUUUCCAGUCAUCAUUGCCAUUGACUUUGGGACUACGUUUUCGGGUUGCUGUUACAAGUACGCACAUGAUGAGGAAGUGUAUGAUAUCGUAAAAUGGCCAAAACACUCUGGAUUUUAUGCCAAGGUGCCAAGCUUGCUGUAUUAUCGCGGACGCUCGAAUCGACUUGUUGAUUGGGGUGAAGGCGCUCGUCGACUUUCCUUGCAGCCUAGAGUGGAUGGGAGCCUAGUUCGGCGCUUUAAGCUUUGUUUAGCGAGCGACUAUGGUACCGAAAAAGCGUCAGAUACCUCGUUCUUAUUGCCUGAUCAAUCGCCCGUGGAUGCGAUUGCGGAUUAUCUUCAAGUAUUUCAUGACUAUGUAUGCGAGGAAAUGGAAAAGACAGGAGCAAAUCGCUAUGGUCGUGAACAAUAUCGUUAUUGCCUCACUGUUCCCGCAAUAUGGGAUGAUCAAGCGAAAGCUCUCAUGCGUGAGGCUAUGGUACAGGCAAAUAUAAUACAAGAGAGCGAUCCUCCCGAACGACUGGUGAUGGUAACUGAGCCCGAGGCAGCGGCCAUUUAUUGUGAAAAGCAAUCUCGCGAUUGGAACGUGCAGGAUCAAGAAAAUUUCAUGAUAGUUGAUGCAGGUGGUGGCACAGUGGAUCUUAUUAUAUAUCACAUGCAUUGGCCACAAGGAGAAGAGAAGUCGCUCGAGGAAAUCACAAGUGCAUCAGGAGGAUCCUGUGGAAGCUCUUUUAUUGACAGCAAUAUGCGUGCCUUGUUAAUGGAGAAAUUGAAGCUACCAGCAGAUGUUGCAUCAUCCUGUGCAGUAGAAACUAUGAUGGAUACGUUCACUGAAAAGAUCAAGCCAUAUUUUAGUGGCAAUGAAGACCAAUUCCUCCCUGUACCGAUUAGCUUAUUAUCGCAUUGUCAAGGGGCCCCGAGCUCGUUAAUUGAAGAGAAUGGAUGCAUCCGUUUGCAAGCUGAGGAGCUCAACGACAAGGUAUACAAUCCGGUGUUUAAUCAAGUUAUCGAUUUGAUUGAAGAUCAACUCGAGCUGGCAGGCACAGACGUGAAUGCAAUGUUUCUUGUUGGUGGUUUUGGCUGCUCAGACUAUCUGUAUAAGAUUGUGGAAGAGCGUUUUCAUUCGCGAAUUCCUAUUAUUGCAAUGGCGCCUCGUGGUGAUAUCGCUGUAGCUCGAGGGGCAGUAUACUAUAUCACCAAGCCCAAGUUGGUGUCAAGCAAGAUACUCCGCUAUACGUAUGGACUACGCACGCGGAUGGUUUUCGAAGAGGGAUUGGAUUUGGAAGAUACCGCAGUAGUAACGAGUGAUGGGGUCAAACGAUGUUCAACACGUUUCGAUGUGAUUGCGAGCAAAGGCCAGCAAGUACAAGCCAACACUAAGAUUAGCAGAAGAUUUUGGGCAGUGUAUCCGCAUAAUACUGAUGCUGAUCUUUACGUCUACGAUGGUGGCAAUUCAAUACCACGCUAUACCACUGAUCCAGGUGUGCGAAAGCUUGCCAAAUUUCCCAUCAAGAUGCCUCAUUUAGAAGGAUUCACCAAGGGCGAUCGUGUUGACAUAAGAAUAGACUAUAUUUUUGGUUUAACCGAACUUAAAGCGCAUGUUUUUAUUGCGGAUAGGCAAUUCGAGUUCAUUUGUUCAUUGUAUAAACCUUAG